AUGGCUGAGAAGACCCAACAGGUUUAUCCUUCAGUCCUCGCAACCAAUGGUUACCAAAGAAGUGAUGCUGAGUCUUUGCAAUCAGCUGACGAGCUCAAACGCAAGAAGAGAAUCAAGUUAGCCAUUUAUGUUGCAAUUUUCAUUGUGUUUCAAAUCAUUGUCAUAACCGUGAUUGGUCUUACUGUUAUGAAAGUUAAGACCCCAAAGGUCAGACUAGGCAACAUCGACAUCCAAGAACUCAACUCCUUCCCGGCAACACCUUCAUUCGACAUGAAAUUCACAACCCAAAUCAAGGUCAAGAACACAAACUGGGGUCCUUACAAGUUUGAUGCUAGCACUGUCACGUUUUUGUACCAAGGAGCUGCUGUCGGACAAGUGGUUAUUCCGAAGAGCAAGGCUGGAAUGCUUUCCACCAAAAAAGUGAAUGUCGAGGUGAGCUUGAAUUCGAAUGCACUGACGGGUUCCAAUCUUGGGAGUGAAUUGAGCAGCGGGGUGUUAACUCUCAAUAGCGCGGCUAGUUUGACCGGAAAGGUUGAAUUGAUGUUAAUAAUGAAAAAGAAGAAGGCUUCCACCAUGGACUGCUCCAUUGCAUUCAAUCUGUCAUCGAAGACGCUCAAAAGUUUAGAGUGCAAGUGAAAACAGACCAAAGAUUUCUUUGUACUUGUUUUAUAUUUUCCUAAAUUUUGAAUGUUUUUUUUUCUGUUGCCUUUCGUUUUCACAUAUCCUAUAGCUCGGUAUAUACGUAUUCAUACCAAAACGCAAUUUUGCACUUGUACUCUUUUUUCUUUGGUUAAAUGAAGAUUGAUAGUGCUGUUGUUUUA